CUGCUCUAUCUUCCUUAUACAUUUUCCUACUUAUCAAUCAUAUCUACUACUUUCUCCAUACAUCGGGGUUUUAUCUACAUAAUAUCUACCACUACUACCAAACCUAAUCUACUACACCACAACCAAAUCAAACCAAACCAAACCAUCACAAUAGAAAAACAACCACCAAAAUGAAAUACACUCUCACCUCCCUCCUCCUCACCACCGCCCUCCUGGCAACCCCCACCCUCUCCACCCCCGCCCCAGACGUGGUCAGCGACGCCAUCGGAAUCGCCCAAACCGCCGUAUCCGGGGGCGAAUCCUUGGCCACGAACAUCGCCAACGACGCGACCUCCAUCGCCUCGGACGUCGCGACCGGCGGCGCAGCCGCAUACUCCUCCCUAACCUCCGCGGGCGGGGAAGUAGCCUCGAACGCCGAAUCCUGGGGCACGUCGGUGGCGUCGGACGCGCGGUCCGAUGCGUCCGCGGCGGCAUCGGAUAUCAGAUCCAAGGCGUCGGAUGUAGCGUCGGAGAUCACUUCUCGGUGGGAGAGCGCGACGACGUUGACGGGGUCGAAUGGGCAGCCGACGAGUACGGAGACGAUGAGUGGGAAGACGACGUUGACGGCUAGUACGGCGAGUGCGACGGGGAGUGCGGCUAGUACUACUGCUAGUGGAUCGAGUGCUAGUGCGACGAGUUCGACGAGUGAGGGGGCGGGUGUGGCUAUGGCGACGCCGGGAGUUGGGUUGGGGAUGGGGGUUGUGGGUGUUGCGGGUGUUUUGGGGGUUAUGGCUGCUUUGUAAGGGUGGAGUUGAGAUGAAGGGGGUUUGAUGAUGGAUGGUUGAUGAUUG